UCCUGGGGGGGAGGGUGGUCACCUCGAUCACAGUACCCUAGAUAACCCAGCCCCAAAUACAAAACACCUGAAUGAGGUUUGCUAUAGCUCCCCCUCACCUGGUUCCUUUCCAAAUGUUAACCCCACACCUGGAGUAAAUCCCCCUUUGCCCAUUGAGUUACUCUACCUCCCACCCAUCCUGAGCCAGGGCAUUGGGCUACCGUACCUGCAAAGAAAAACCAUGCCCAAAAGGAGAACCAUUCCCACAUUGGAGAAUCUAUGCCUGGAUAAUGUGGCUGAGAAUAUGAAAAGCCUAUGGGUUAAGUUUUACUCGAUGGAAGCCAAGCUAGCCAGAAAUCAUGACCACGACACCAUCACAGGACCCUUCAGCAUGCUGGCUGGUUCCCUUCUCGAGGAAUUGCUUGAGACCCUGCAAGAAAGUAGACUUCUGACCCCAUCCAUACUUCACAUUCUCCUUUUGCCACAACUAAGGUCACUGGAUUUGAAUGACUGUGCAUCUUAUGUUGGCGACACUCUUACCCACACCAUCACAGUACGCUGCAAGAAUCUUUCCUCGCUGACUCUUCGUUACUGCAACCAGAUUCAUGCGGAUGCUUUGGUCGAGCUUGUGAAAGCUUUGCCGUUCCUCGCCAAACUAAAUCUUUCAUCCACUCAGUGCAACACACAAGUACUUUCCACCAUUCGUUCUUUCUGUCCUGAAAUUAAAGAACUGGAUAUCAUGAAGUGUAAGAAACUAUCCCCAGAUUCCCUCCUUCACUUGGUCUAUGACCCUGUUGCAGGAUCAUACUGUUGCCAGUCAUUGCAGACGCUCAAAGCUGAUGGACUGAUGCCCACCACUGAUGCGCAGAGCUUGCUUUCGGUUCUGGUCUUUGUGCUUCUAGCAUUGCCCAGGCUGACAUAUUUGUAUCAUAAGUUUGUUCCACAGGCUGUAUGUCUCAUCUAUGACCAGGAAUUUCCUGGUGCCCGGAUGCCUGCUGAGUUUCCAUCCCUAGAGGAAGUUGCACAAUACAGGACAUCUACUCACCCAAAUGAGGGAAGUGGCAGAUUCACACUUCCACUCAGAGAAAUUGAAUUAGUUCCGUCUUCCUUGUUGCCUAAGAUUGGUGCUGUGUGCCCUCACCUCUCGGUAAUCUCCAUGACUCUUAGAGAUAGCUGGGACUUGGAUCAGUAUGUCUUGCCAUGGCGCAAUCUUACCUUUCUCAAUCUUGGUACCGAUGAAAGGAUGGACUUGAAGGAGCUUUUACCUGUGACAGCUAACAUUGGGACCCAGCUUAAAUGUCUUUCACUUCGAGGAUUUAUCUUUAAAGAUGAGCUGACCUUCCACACUUUGCUGAGCCAGUGCCCAAAUCUCCUGAAAUUUCAAUUCCUCUUCCCCUCUCCCGGGAGGAAUGGUUGUCAGAGUCAGCCAUGGAAUGAAGCCAGAGCACGAAACUUGCGCUUCCCUCCUCUCCAAUUUCCUGACCUUGUUAACUUUUUCCUGAUGUACCAUGAGUUUGGUACUCCACUGCCUUCCCUAUAUAAAGUGGUUUUGGGAAAUAUCCUGGAAUCAGUGUUCAAAUAUUCCCCAUGCCUGGAGAUCUUGCAUCUUUUUUUCCUGCCAUUCCCUCUGGAUGAGGCAUUUCAGAAAGCACUAAAACCACCUAGUACUGCCCUGCAAAGUCUUCAGGAGCUUGAACUGGUUCGGGCUCGGAUAUCAAUUCGUACCAUCGGUUUGCUGGUUUUCUCUGAGAAUCAGCUGUGUAUACUCUCCUUGAAGAAAUGUUUCCACAUAAGGCGGGCAGACUGCAAUGAGCUCCUCCAAAGAGUCAAGGAGGAGAACUUGCAAGUAAUUAUUAUGCAGGAAUGAAAAAAAAACCCAACCCUCUCCACUUGCUCGGAAUGGCAGUUCCAUUGCUCAUAGGGCCAGGACAGUAUGUUUAUUGUUUAAUAAACCUUAUGUUAUAUUACUCAAA